AAAUUGAACACGUAGCAUCCAUUACGCCGUUAUACAUUGCGCAUACUAAGAAAACAUACUAUUUCCACUAGAAUAAUAACUGAAUAUACACAGUUUUGCAAAAUCAAUAUAUCUAUGUCAAUAUGAAUAGAUAAAUCAACUUUGCUAGAUUUUCAAAGCAAAUAAUUUAUUACGAACAAAUUGGCCACAGUUCAACAAACAAUAGACUCAUUAUAAAUACUACUUAGAAUUUAUUUUGUAUCAUUAACACAGUAGAUAAUAAUAGCAACUUAAUAUUUCUUAUAUUUAUGACAAUAAAAGUUGUAAUGACAAUGACAAGUGAGGGCGAGUUGGAUCUGUGCGAGCCUUUAGACCCGCACAGUGAUGGCGGGGGCAAAAAAGUUGUGGUCGGCGUAUGCGCCAUGGCCAAGAAGUCGCAGUCGAAACCGAUGAAAGAGAUCCUCACCCGACUGGACGAAUUCGAGUUCAUUAAGAUGCUCGUCUUCCCAGAGGAGGUUAUCCUAAAGAAGCCGGUUGAGGAGUGGCCGAUAUGCGAUUGUCUGAUAUCGUUUCAUUCCAAAGGCUUCCCUCUCGAUAAAGCUAUUCAAUACGAAAAAUUAAGGAAGCCGUACGUGAUAAAUAAUCUUCACAUGCAAUAUGAUAUUCAGGAUCGGAGAAGAGUGUACGCAAUUUUAGAAAAUGAAGGCAUAGAAAUACCGCGCUACGCUGUUUUGGACAGAGAUUCACCGGAUCCAAAACAUCAUGAAUUAGUCGAAUCGGAAGACCACGUAGAAGUAAACGGGGUUGUAUUUAAUAAGCCAUUUGUUGAAAAACCGGUAUCGGCGGAGGAUCACAAUAUUUACAUAUAUUACCCCACUUCCGCUGGAGGGGGGAGCCAGAGGCUUUUCAGAAAAAUAGGAAGUAGAAGCAGUAUUUAUUCUCCAGAAUCGAGAGUUAGAAAGACAGGAUCAUUUAUUUAUGAAGAUUUUAUGCCUACUGAUGGGACAGAUGUAAAAGUAUACACAGUGGGUCCAGAUUAUGCCCACGCGGAAGCCAGGAAGAGUCCAGCGCUGGACGGCAAAGUGGAGCGUGACUCGGAAGGCAAAGAGAUACGGUAUCCCGUUAUAUUAUCCAAUCAGGAGAAACUUAUAUCUAGGAAAGUUUGCUUGGCAUUUAAACAGACGGUGUGCGGUUUUGAUUUAUUAAGGGCGAAUGGCAAAUCAUUCGUAUGCGACGUAAAUGGUUUUUCAUUUGUUAAAAAUUCAAAUAAAUACUAUGACGAUUGCGCCAAAAUUCUCGGCAAUAUGAUUCUGCGAGAGCUAGCACCCACGUUGCAUAUCCCCUGGUCUGUGCCCUUCCAACUGGACGACCCUCCCAUCGUGCCCACCACUUUUGGUAAAAUGAUGGAAUUGAGGUGCGUGGUGGCGGUCAUUCGGCACGGGGACAGGACGCCCAAGCAGAAAAUGAAGGUCGAAGUACGCCAUCCCAGGUUUUUCGAAAUAUUCGAGAAGUACGAAGGCUUCAAACGCGGGCACGUGAAGCUGAAGAAGCCGAAGCAGCUGCAGGAGAUCCUCGACAUCGCGCGAGCGCUGCUGGCCGACAUACACACGCGCCACGCCGACCCCGAGAUCGAGGAGAAGCAGGGCAAGCUGGAGCAGCUGAAAAGCGUACUCGAAAUGUACGGCCACUUCUCGGGCAUCAACCGCAAGGUGCAGAUGAAGUACCAGCCGCGGGGCCGCCCGCGCGGCUCCAGUUCCGACGACGGUAACGCCACGCACGUAGGAUGCGACGGGGAGCCGUCCCUGGUGCUGAUCCUGAAGUGGGGCGGGGAGCUGACGCCGGCCGGCCGCAUCCAGGCCGAGGAGCUGGGCCGCAUGUUCCGCUGCAUGUACCCCGGCGGGCAGGGCCGCCACAUUCCGGGCGAAGGCAGUACCCAGGGGCUGGGACUGCUGCGCCUGCACUCCACGUUCCGCCACGACCUGAAGAUCUACGCGUCGGACGAGGGUCGCGUGCAGAUGACGGCCGCCGCCUUCGCCAAGGGGCUGCUGGCGCUCGAGGGAGAGCUGACGCCCAUUCUCGUGCAGAUGGUCAAGUCGGCCAACACCAACGGCUUGCUGGAUAACGACUGCGAUUCUUCUAAAGUACAAAAUAUGGCGAAGGCGCGGCUGCACGAGGCGAUGCAGGUGGAGCGCGAGUUCAGCGCGGAGGAGCGCGCGCGCAUCAACCCGUGCGCGUCGCUCAGCAUCGCGGCCGCCAUGGACUUCGUGAAGCACCCGGCGCGCACGUGCGCGCACGUGCACGCGCUCAUCCGCCAGCUCGUGCGCAUCGUGCUCGCCAAGAAGGACGACCCCAAGACCAAAGAUACGAUAUUAUACCACGGCGAAACUUGGGAGCUGAUGGGUAGAAGAUGGGGCAAGAUCGAAAAGGACUUCUGUACGAAGAAUAAGACGUACGAUAUCUCUAAGAUCCCGGAUAUUUACGAUUGCAUCAAGUACGACUUGCAACACAACCAGCACACGCUUCAGUUCGACCAGGCGGAGGAGCUGUACAUAUACGCGAAGUACUUGGCGGAUAUUGUUAUACCUCAGGAAUAUGGGUUAACGAUGCAAGAGAAGCUUACAAUCGGGCAGGGCAUCUGCACACCCUUGCUCAAGAAGAUACGAGCCGACUUGCAGAGAAAUAUCGAGGAGUCGGGAGAGGAGAACGUCAACAGACUCAAUCCGAGGUACAGCCACGGCGUGUCGAGCCCGGGCCGCCACGUGCGCACGCGCCUGUACUUCACGAGCGAGAGCCACGUGCACUCGCUGCUCACCGUGCUGCGCUACGGCGGCCUGCUCGACGUGGUGAAGGACGAGCAAUGGAGACGCGCCAUGGAGUACGUAUCGAUGGUGUCGGAACUCAACUACAUGUCGCAAAUAGUGGUCAUGCUGUACGAGGAUCCCACCAAGGAUCCCUACUCCGAGGAGAGAUCUACCGUCAGGUUCCACGUGGAGCUACACUUCAGUCCGGGCGUGAACUGCUGUGUGCAGAAAAACUUGCCGCCCGGGCCCGGCUUCCGGCCGCACAGCCGGAACCACUCCACCACCAACAAUUCGAGUCCGUCAGAUGAAGUGAAGUGUAUAGAAGAAGAGGGCGAGGAUGACCAGAUGGCCAGCCAGGAAACUUUACAACCCGACAACCUGGACGAACUGGACAAUACAUUUUCACCCAAGAAAACGUCGAAAUCAAAGCUGAGACCGUCGGAUCCAAUACCUAUUUGCAACCUGCACUACACGGUGAGCGGGCACGAGGCGUCGUCGCUGGCGGCGCGCCUCAGCGAGGAGCUGCGCGCGCGCUCGCACGCGCCCGCCGACCCGCCCAGGGAGGAAAAAGAAACGAAGGACGUCGAGGAGCCGCAGCCGCGCGCGCGCAGCUACGACCAGCACAAGCAGACGCACGACAACGGGCGGCGCCAGCGGCACAGCAUCGCCGGCCAGAUGAGCUACCUCAAGAUGCUGGGGCUGGGCGCGCGUGGGAAGCUGUCCGGCGCCGCCGGCCUCUUCAGCACCGCCGUCAUCUCCGGCUCCAGCUCCGCACCCAACCUGCGCGUCAUGAUACCCACCGCCACCUCGAGCAACACGGCCCUGGAGGGCUUCGGCGGCGUGCCGAGCAUCCGGCCGCUGGAGACGCUGCACAACGCGCUGUCGCUGCGCCAGCUGGACGCGUUCCUGGAGCGCGUGACGGCGGCGCCCGUGCUGCUGGGCACGCCGCCCGCGCUGCUGGGCACGCCGCCCGCGCCCAAGCAGCCCUCGCCCACCAACAGCGUGGGUUGGAGUGGCCCGUCCUCGCUGAUGUCGUCGUCCUGCGAGCUGCCGAGCGGGCUGUCGUCGGCCGGCCCGUCCUCGCCCAACUCCAAUUACGCGUCCAAUUCAGACAAUAAGAACAACUCCUCGGAGAGUAGCAAUUGGAGUAGAAAUGUGGCGAGCAAACUCCCCGAGUGGGAGGGGGAGGCGGCCACGCUGUGCGCGCUCACCGCGGGGCUGCUCGCGGGCGCCGCAGGUUCGUCUAUUAGCGGCGACGUGACGCCGGUGUCGGCCGCCUCGGAGUUGGAGUUCAAGAGCAAUGAGGCAACCGCCGGCUCCAUCACAGAUCACGAUAUACUGAGCGCUGAGGGUGAAGACGAUGAAGAGACAUUGUCCGUAGAUGCCUACGGUUCUUCGGUGAAAGUCAUUAAGAACGAUCUCACCUCUCAAGCCUUCGAAAAUGCGACGAAAAUUGAUAGCAGCGAAGAUUCCACGCGCACCGUACCCAUCGACCUGUACGGCCUCAGUUUUCAAGAGACAAAGGAGACAUUCUACAAAGAAAUGCCUUCCAGUAGUAAAAAUUAUAAUAUAGAGAGUGAUAUUAAAAAUAAAUGUACUAAAGAUCGUUUACAGUAUAUUAGUAAUUUAGACUCGUUGAAUUUACAAAGUAAAGACAGCAAAAAUGCAUCAAAAACAAAUGAUGAACUUAACAAUGCGAGUAGAAGAUAUAGUGAUAGUAGUGCCCAGAAAAAUAAUCUGAACGUGCAGACUGCAGUUUUGGGCAGUAGAUUCACGACGACGUUAGUAUUGGAAGAUUCGCUUGUAGCAACCUCAUCUAGUGAAAGUAAGUCGAACAAUAACUUGGUAGACCACGCGCAAGAUGGACCCCCAGCAGUUGCGCCGCUACUCACUAAAGCUAAAACUAUAAACGUUAAGCCUGGUUUUACUAUCACUGAAAAUCAAAAUAGUUAAGUGUCAACGUAGCACCAUUAACUAAAAAUAGUUGAAAAAAAAAUCAUGAAAAAUGUCAUUUUUAAUAUAUUUACCCAAAACAUUAUUGUAUCACUUAUUUAUGAAGCUUUUAUAAAUGUCUUUGAAUUUCAGUUUUUCAUAUAAUGCAUGAAAGAGAUACAAAUGAUAAUACAAUAAAUAGUUAAAUGUGAUAUGCAUGUUUCAGAUUGUGAAUAUGAUCGCGAAUCAUCAGACACUGUGUGAUAUUGUGCAUUAAGUUUCCUGCUUGUCUAUUAACUUAUUGUGAAACUGUAGACUAGAUAAGAAUUUUGACACAAUAUAUUUGACAUAUUA